UCUCUCAUCUCUCUGUCUGUCUCUCUCCUGGGUUUUAAGGAGCUGUUUGCCACAGCUCUCAAUGGAUGAUGAUGGGUUGAACAUGAGGAACUGGGGUUAUUAUGAACCUUCCCAUAAGGGGCCUCUUGGUUUGCAGCUGAUGCCUUCAAUGGUUGAUCGAGACACUAGGACUUUCUUCUCUGGGCGCGAGAAUACUUCCAUGAUGGCGACCAAUGGUCUUUUUCAUUCCCGGGAAUCAGUUGUUUCUCAGGCGUCGCUAACGCAUAUAGACUACAUUAGAGAUGGUUGGAUAAACCACAGGGACAAAUUCCUGCAUAUGUUUCCUGGGAACCCUUAUGGUGGUGGUGUAAUGGCUGACCCUUCUGGAACUCAAUCGUCUAUGCAAAUGCUACAGACUGAUUCAACUAAGGAGGAAGUUGGUACUGUGGAGGAUCCAAGUGUUGGUAAGGAUAGUUGCCCUUCAAAGAAGAGGCCGGGUGCUGCAGCCUCAUCACCGAAAGCAAAGAAGCCAAAGAAAGGUCCGUCUGCACCGAAGAAAAAUGACAACCCUCCUGCUCAACGGGCAAAACCAGCAAAGAAGAGUAUAGAUGUUGUAAUAAGUGGAAUUGAUAUGGAUAUAUCGAGCAUCCCAACUCCCGUUUGUACCUGCACCGGGACACCUCAACAGUGUUACCGUUGGGGAUGUGGAGGCUGGCAGUCAGCAUGUUGCACCACAACUAUAUCGAUGUACCCCUUGCCUAUGAAUAACAAAAGGCGGGGAGCCAGGAUUGCUGGUAGGAAGAUGAGUCAAGGUGCAUUUAAAAAGGUUUUGGAGAAGCUUGCUUCUGAAGGCUAUAAUUUUUCUGACCCAAUCGAUCUAAGGACUUACUGGGCUAAGCAUGGUACUAACAAAUUCGUGACAAUCAGGUAAAACUCGCAUCAAUGGUAUCAGUUCUUGACAGUCAUUGCCAUGCUCUCUGUUUUUUGUUGUAUAUACUUCGAUGGCCAUGGCCAAGGCCAAGAUUUAAUUUGUACUUUCUAGUCCAUUUUACAGCGAUUAUACUUAUGACUUUGACAUUUGAGAUUAAACUUCUCUUCUGUUUCUUUAAUGGCCAUUAAUGUUUCUUGGCCACAUAAAGUAGCAGUCAUGACUCAUGAAUAUUUCUCUUUUAUUUAUUAGAUUAUUUUUGCACCAA